AAUGAAUGUAACCUUAUUUUUUGUUCAAAAUUCACUUUUUCAAAAAGUUUUUUUUCACAUCUCCAAAUCAAAGGACUGUAAUAAUGAAAUUAGGCGUAAUCAAAAUGCCCGGUAAAUCGCGUUUCGUUCCAUUGCAUUCAUAAAUAUUCGGUUACAAAUUACAUCAGUUAUUUAGAAAAAUGGCGGAUGAUGAAAAACUAGAAGACGUGCAAUUACUUAAAAGCACUUUAAUUUCGGUUUACGUCGAUGAAGCAUUGCAAGAUAUGCUCGUUGUUACAUUUAAAUAUGGGCUGAAACUGUUUAAAGGGAUUCUUUUGGAUUCUACCAAAAGGAAUCUGCCGUUUGGUGUGUCAAAACUGCAUCCCGCUUUCACAACGAGUAAUGCAAAACCAAACGCCGAUGAUGACGUCUUAUACUCGGUCAACCAAAGAUUUGCAUAUACAGAUCCCACAAAUCUCACAAAACCUAAAAAUGUUCGAAUUCCAUCCAAAUAUAAGAACAAUAAAAUGACAGUUAGACUUAGGCCACGUCAGGUAUUAUGCUCAAAAUGUAAAGGUAUUUGCAACGAAAAUUCGGAGAAUAUUUCCAAGAAACGAAAACUGCCCGAGAAUGUUCAACAAGCACCGCCACCUAAACGAUCAGCAAAUGCACCGAUGACCCGAUCAGUAUAUAGCGAACAAUUAACUAAAAAGAAAAUCACGGACCAGCAAUUGCAACCCACAUUAAUUCCAAAAUUGUCGAGAUUAUUACCUCAAGAUAUAUCGGAUGCACUAAAUGGUAAUCUGGAUAAUUUAAAUCCGAAGGACGAAGUCAAAAAAGAACUUGUAAAUAUAUCGAAUCCCGUUACAAAAUUAAAUAAUAAUAGCGAUACGGACGUAGAUGAAGAUUCUAACAAAUCACUUACCGACAAAAUAAUAGAUCAUUCCAUGCAGCAUUCCGACAAUUCAAAUUCAUCUCAGAUCGUAUCAAAAAUUCCCGUAUUAACUAUGACCACACAGGGUACAGAGCUUUGCGUUAAAAAUAUUAAGCGAACUUUAAGGAAAAAGCGGAGUGUCGGAUCAAUGGAAGAUUUAUGGGAUGAAAGUGUAUUUGAAGAAAGGGUUCAUCUCAGGAAUAAUGACUCAAACGGUAACAAUGGAGGAAUAGUAACAGAACAAAUGAACAAUAACUCAAACACAUGUAUUAGUACAAGAACGAUAAAAAUAUGUUACGGUCCACAGGGUGAGGGUACUGUACUUAAAAUUCCAGCUCCCAUAGACAAAUUUAAUGCUAGCGACGAUUCGGAAGAAAAUAUUAAUAUAGAUAAUCAAAAUGUGGAGCAGGAUUCCGAUAAUAAAGCAGUUAGAAAAGCUUUGAAACGAGCUAAAAGAAAGGCCCGCCAAAAACGUAUGCUGUCAGGAAACUCGCCUAAUCACAUUCACUCGUUAUCACCCAGAUAUAGUAUAGGGGCGGGUUCGCCGAGGUAUUCGUUUGGCACCUCCCCACGUCAUUAUAUCGGGGGUCACUCGCCUAGAUAUGUAAGUUCCUCCACUGAACUCCAUCUUUCAAGAAGACACAAACAUAAAUUAAAAAGAAAGAAAAAACAUAGAGUGGAAAAAGAUCGGAAGCAUAAAGAUGGUGAUACAUCUGGUCCGGAAAAUACGGGAAAGGAACAGGCUGUGACCCAAAAGUUAUCUAUAAACUUAAAGCGCUUAAAUAAUACUUACACAUCAUGUUCAAAUGCGUCGGACAAAGGUGAAGAAAAUACGUCGAGUUCGGACGAACAAAGUGAACUGGUGCCCGACUUUCCUCCUUCCAAUUCUCCCAUACUGUUACGCGUAAAUGCACAAACUGUCGUAAGUGCUUCGGGUGCUGAUGGAGGUCGUGUGCUGGCGGGUGAUGUUGUGUGGGGUAAAAUUCACGGAUUCCCAUGGUGGCCCGGUAAAGUACUUACCAUCAGUUCGGCUGGAAAUCAAGUACCUCAAGCUCAUGUUUCAUGGUAUGGUUCUUCUACCUCAUCUUUAAUACAAUGUGAUCAACUGGCACCCUAUUUGGAAAAUUUUAAGGUAAAGUUUAUGAAUAUUACUGAGACCCCAUGAUUUUCAAUGACACCAGUUGCAUAUAGCACUUUUGGAAAUGUUGAUCUCUGAUUUGCAUCCCAACCGAGCUCAGAGUGUCACCCAGUCCUUCUUUUAAAAAUUUAAAUAACUAUAUAUCUGUGUUAAAUCACAUAAAUGAACAAAUUGUUAAAAAUGUAUUAUGUUUUAUAGUACAGUUUGUAUAAUGGAUCUUUGAUCGCGUGUUUUUUAAGAAGCCGACAAGAACACAGUGUUCUGUUUCAGCAGGGGCGGAUGGGCCCACCGGGAUACCGGGAAAUUUCCCGGUGGCCCGUCGUAACCAACUGUUAUAAAUGUAUAGUUGUAUUUGUAUACUUAGUCGUUCAAGAUUGGAAGAGACAUAGAAAAAUAAAGU